CGGUGCUCAUGGCCGCGCUCCCGGCCGCCUCCCCGCAGCCGUGGGCAUGACGCGGCGCCCCUGGGCGUGACGUCAUGCCGGGCCCUGACGUCAUUUGGAAGCGCCUCGCAGCGGCGGCAGCGGCAGCGGCAUGAGCGCGGAUGAAGAGCUCAGCCUGCUGGUCAUCGUCAUCGACACCAACCCCAUCUGGUGGGGGAAGAGGGCGCAGGGGGAAGCUGAGCAGUUCACCCUCUCAAAAUGCAUCGAUGCAGUGAUGGUACUGGGAAAUUCACAUUUGUUUAUGAAUCGUACCAACAAGCUUGCAGUAAUAGCAAGUCACACACAAGAAAGCCGUUUCUUGUACCCUGGGAAGCGCUGGGCUGUUGCCGAUCUCCUUGGAGAUGGCAGUAAUUCUGUGGAAUCUAAUUGUUCUGGCAGCAAAGAUGGAAAAUAUGAAUUGUUAACAGCAAUAAAUGAUGCAAUUGCAGAAGAGAUUAAAGAUCUCAUGACAAAAACUGACAUGAGGGGCCAGCAAACAGAAACUUUGUUAGCAGGAUCACUUGCUAAAGCACUUUGUUAUAUUAACAAGAUGAGCAAAGAGGUAAAAGCCAAUCAGGAAAUGAAAUCAAGGAUUUUGGUCAUAAAAGCUGCAGAAGACAGUGCAUUGCAAUAUAUGAAUUUCAUGAAUGUGAUCUUUGCAGCACAGAAACAGAGUAUUUUGAUCGAUGCCUGUGUCUUGGACUCUGAUUCAGGUCUUCUACAACAGGCCUGUGACAUUACAGGUGGCAUAUACUUGAAAGUGCCCCAUAUGCCAUCACUUCUGCAGUAUUUAUUGUGGGUAUUUCUCCCUGAUCAAGAGCAAAGAGCACAGCUUGUGCUUCCACCUCCUAUUCAUGUUGACUACAGAGCUGCAUGUUUCUGUCAUCGAAAUCUCAUUGAAAUUGGUUAUGUAUGCUCUGUGUGCUUGUCAAUAUUCUGCAACUUCAGUCCUAUUUGUAGUACGUGCGAGACUGCUUUCAAAAUAUCACUGCCACCUGUCAUGAAAGCUAAGAAGAAGAAAUUAAAGUUAGCUGCAUAACAACACUACGUAAAUGCACCAUUGUCUCCUCCAGUAAUUCCAUGAAAUGGAAUGUACUAGAGAAAUUGACAGCACUUUUUAUAGGAUAUGAAAGAGAACUGUAUGCAGUCUUACAACUUGUUUCUUACUGGAUAAAUAUUUAAAUAGUAUUUUCUACACAGUAACAAAUCGCUGUAUUACCAUGUAACCUGUGCUGUUUUAAGUACUAUUUCUUAAUUGUAAGCAGAAGUUGUAGCUUGUUAAGAUGUAGAUCUUGCAAAGUUAGAAGGUAUUCUUGCCAUUGCAAAGCUUCUACCUCCAAGUUAUUUUCAAAGAUAAAGCUCUGAUUGGUUUUAGUCCUAUGUUGGUGUAAAGAUAAGUUAUGACUACUCCUGAUGUGUAGGUUCUGAGUCUUAGCACUGUGUUAUUUGGGGACUUUGACAUUCUGUUAACCUUUGCUACCUAUUUUUUGAGUGAAACAGGCUCAGUUUCAGAAUAAAUAAACCAAAAUUUUCAAGAUGGUUUAGAAAUCCCCUUCCGUUUAAAGAUGUUAAUUCUUCUGCAUGUGCACACUUGCAUGUUUUAUAUUCUUUUAUUCCCUUUGAUUGUGAUUUUCUCCCAGUUGUGUUCUAACUAGUCUUCUCAAAGGAAUACAGAAAGUUGUUAUUUCCUACUUAAAAGAACUUUUCUUUCUUAAGGUGCAUAGAGGAAUUUGUGUAGUCUCAACGCUUGCAUCAUCAGGUUUUUAUCAGCUUAACUUGUAAUCAGGGCCCAACUCUUACUGGCUUGUUUCAUCACCGAAAGCCAUUUUGUUUGAAGCCUGUAUUUAUACUUUGUACAAACCAUUUGUAAUAAAACCUGCUCCUUUUCUCAUACA